AUGUUAUGUGGAUCAUUUAUAUUAGUUUUUCUUGUAUCGUUAUGGGGAAAUAAAAUUGGUAAACCACACACAAUACCCUGCAAGUUGACUGGCAAAUGUGACAGUGUUACCGUGAGGCUGAUUCCAGCUCCCAGAGGUACAGGCAUAGUGUCUGCUCCAGUUCCAAAGAAAUUGUUGCAAAUGGCUGGUGUUGAAGAUUGUUACACCUCUUCCAAAGGUUCAACUUGUACUUUGGGUAAUUUCGCCAAGGCCACAUUUGCAGCCAUUGCAAAGACUUACUCUUACCUUACCCCUGAUUUGUGGCCUGAAAAUGUUCUGACUAAAACAUCUUAUCAGGAGUUUUCAGACUUUUUGUCGGCAAUAAAGCCUAAAAAAUCCACCGGCAGUUUUAUUCACAUAGAUCCAGAAGCUGAAAUUGAAGAUGGCAUGGCUAGACGAUGUCUGCUUGGGAAAAAUGGAGAUUCAAUUCGCUUGUGGGUAACAGGUGUUGCCAGGACAACGCUUCAUAUUUUACGUGUUUGUUUGAAUGAGGACUAACCAGAUAGAAAAACC